AUGGCACUGAAUGUUAUGCCAAUAAUGGUUAUAAAUAUGGCUGGAGAGAUGAUUUAUGUUUUAGAACAAAGACUAAAGUGUUUCUUUUUCAAAGCACAAUCAGUUGAGGAAGAAAAAAGUUUAAAAGUUUUAUGUGAUAUAAUUAGUACUUUGACAAAUAAAGAAUUUAUGGAACAAUUAUUUAAGCCACAGGAAUUGUAUGAAAAAACAAAAAUGAGACAUUUUUUUGAGGCACUUGUUCAUUCAUCAAUUAUGAGAUUAAAUAUAAGUAGUAUGGAUAAAUUGUAUGCCUUAAUGACAAUGGCAUUUAAAUAUCAAAUAAUUAAGUGUGUUGAUGCAGAACAAUUAAUACUAGUAACACUUAAUCAUUUAGAUGAAAUGAUGAAAGUUGCUAGAAAUAAUGAUACAUUAAAAUUACAAUUAGAAGAAGUUUAUGAUAGAAUAUUAAUUGGAUAUAAAAAUUUAAAACCAUGGGAAUAUUAUAUGAUAAGGAAUUGUUUAUUAAAUUACUUUGUUGAUUUUAAAAUUCGUAUAGCAUUACUUUUAAAAAUAGGUAAACAAAAAGAAAAUGGAUGUUUUAAUAUUUUUAAUAAUGAUGAAAUUGUUACAUUACCACCUAAUGGAAAUUGUCCUGGAAGUAUAAAAUAUUAUGAAAAAGGUAUACCUAGUAAAGUUGUAAAUUUUGAAGUACCAUAUUCAUAUGAACCAAGUUUAAAUGAUGGAUGUUAUGAUAAAUAUCCUACAAAUAGAGGAACUGAUUUAGGUUUAAAUUUAUAUAAAGAAUAUGGGGAGGCAUUCAAAAAUUUUGGUACAACUAAAGGAAAUAUAAUUGGAAAUGGAAAGAAAGGAUUUGUCAAAAGUUUACCACCAGAAGGAGAUGAAAUGAAAUUAUUAAAUGAAUUAAUAAAUAAUAAUAAAAAAGAAAAUGACAAAACAUUUGACAAUUUUAAUUUAGUUUUAUUUGAUGAUGAUGAAGAUAUAAUUCAAGAAAAAGUUAAAAAAAUAAGUAAAGAUAAUGAAGAAAAUAUAAAAAAAUUAUCUAUAACAAGUAAAAAAAAUUUAACAACAGUUAUGAAUGAGUUAAAUAUGGAAAAAAAUGAUAAAAAUGAAAAGAAAAGUUUAGAUAAAGGAAAAGAUCUUUUAGAUUUGAUGGAUGAAGCAACGUCAAAUGUUAAGAAAAAAAUACCUUCAAGAAGUAGUAGUGCUAAAAGAACUACUAAUAAAAAUCAAUAUACUAGAGUAAGAUCAUCAUCAACAAAAAGAAUACAACAAAAUUGA